GUGUAGUAGAGUGUUGAGAGAUAGUUGUAUCUUUCGUUGUGGCCGAAUUCAUAAUACUCUAUUUGUGGCAGAUCGUAUGGGUUCCUUUACCUGCAUUACCACCGUCUAUACGAUGUAUUCAUGGUGCGUCUAUUGGAUGUAAUUGAUCCUUUUAUUAAGUGUUUUAAUGAUGGAGAAAUUGCACAAGGAACCGGAUGUUAGCAGGCAAGAUUAUUAUGCGUUUGUUAACGAGCUAAAACUCUUCCAUCAAAACAGAGGAACACCUUUCCGUCACCUACCUAAGAUCAAUGGCCGGGAAAUUGACUUACAGAAAUUUUAUAAUCAAGUAACAGCAUUAGGAGGCCUGCAAAAAGUUAUAGAACAUCAAAAAUGGGAUAGUGUAGCUGAGAUCUUGAAGUUACCCAAAUCCUGUGUAAAUUCUGCUCUAAGUCUGCGGCAAAUAUAUAUAAGAUAUCUUGGCCAUUAUGAAAAAAUCCAUUUCAUGGGAGAAGAGCCUGACCAUGAUAAAAAUCAAUCAUCAGAAUCUCAUAAUCGAAAAUUACAGCUUACUCUUUUUCAUCAAGUACCUAUGGUUUACAAUGCCUUGCAACAUGAAGUCUCAGAUACUGCUCGCUCUACAUCAGGAUUAAAUCAAGUUUUUGUGUCCCCCACCGAUUACGAUAAGCUAUGUAUGUCUCUCCUUUGUGGUCUUCCAAAUGAACAAGAAUUAGCUCUAAAUGUCUGUACUAUAUUAUCAAAUGAAGGGAAUUACAUGCUACAUUUAGAGCAAGCUCCAAAAUUAGUCGAUCUUCUUAUUGCACAGGCUGGUGUAUGGCCUCAAGAUGACAAUUCUUUGAAAAUGCUGUAUUUGGAGAACUGGAAGGACCUUAAAGGUAGAAACAUGCAUCGGUUUUGGAGGAGUACUCUUGAUUUACAAAAUACUCAUCUAGCUCAGCUAUUGGGAUUAGAUUUAGGUGAAUAUGAUCCUGAUGAAAAACUACUCAAUUUGGAAUCUGAUCUGGGUGCAUUGAAUGUGGAAGGGCAAAGAGUAUUAAGGGUUGCUCUGAUCUUACAUAAUUUAUCAUUUGAGAAGAAUAAUGUUCCUGUUUUAGUUUGUAAUUCCAGCUUCAUAAGGUUUCUUUUACUUUCCAUACAUUCAUCUUGGGCAAAUUUGAAGCAAACUGCUUAUGAUACCUUAGCAAAUUUAGCAUCAGAAAUAAAAUUAUCCAUUGAGAAGGAUUUAUGUUCUCGUGUUAUGUUUCAAACUGUUAUGGAUGGGAUACAGUCACCAGACCGAUACAUGAAUAUUAGGUCAAUGGAUAUCUUAUCACAGUUAUGCAGUUAUGAGCCAAAUGAAGAUAUAAUCCCUUCCCGACUUGAUGUUGAGGCAUAUCAACAGAUGGUGUCAUUUUUGACGGUGCACGAUGUUAUGCUACUCUUUUACACCUUAGAAGCUCUGUAUGCUCUAUCAGAUUUGGGAAGAUAUGCUUGUGACAAAAUAGUUUGUGUACAUAGAUCCAUAGGAGCUUUAGUUAGCUUACUGACUUUGGAACCAAACCAGUAUGGUCCAUCAGGCCAAGUUAAGAUGAAAAUUGUUGAGACUCUGGUACCAGCAGAAUCUGACAGUGAACAAGAAGAAAAAUCAGCUUCUCCUGCUGCAGCUGAACAAUCUGCUUCCUCAUCACCUUCACCCACAUCCUCUUCAAAGGAUGAUGUUGAUUCUGAAACAUUUGCCAGUAACUGGUUGAAAUCAACAUAUGAAGCUUCAGCAGGAAGUAGUAUGUCACGGAAUGAAAUAUAUGCAGAAUAUGUUAGCUAUUGCAGUAAAGCUGGCCGGAAAGGUGUUGUCAAUGCUAAUGUGUUUGCAAAUUGUGUUAAGAAUAGUUUUCCACAGUGUGGAUUAAAGAAAAUUGAGUCAGGGAAUGGUAUAAUAACUUUUCAUCAUGAUGGUUUGAAGAGAAAAAAAGUUACUACAACACAAACUGGUCCUCCUCCUUCCAAGUCAACGAAUAAUGCUAAUUCAUUUCGGAAAGUUCCUGCAACACCAACAACUUCUGCUUCCUGCAAACCUGGUCAAAAACUUACUCAUAGUCCUAUACUCAAAGCUCAACUCUCAGCGCCUCCCAGAAGUGGUGUUACAUCUCCUCCAUUGAAACGACCAUCUCAGACAGCAUCUAGUGGCCGUAAAUGUGCAUCACCUACUCCUGUGCCUAACUCUGUGUCACAAAGUACCACAUCAAGUGCACAAGCAACUCCAACCACAACUGGUUCAAGUACUUUAAUCAAAAGCCUUUUGGCAAACAAAGUGCAACAAAGAAAUCUUCAGCGACAGGUUGUUCCACAAAAUGUUUCCAAAAUGGUUAUAUACUCUCCUGAAAAGGUGGCACCUCUUAGUCAAGGAAUUGUUGGUUCUCCUACAACAGUCAUGCGCUGUGUGAGGCCUGGAGCUUUAUCUCAAGUUAAUUUAAGUUCGCAAAUUAGGACACCUAUACAAGCACGAAUAGUUUCAAAUAAAGGUCGUGUAAUUACUGCUACUCCUUCUAGAGUCAUAAAAUCCAAUCCUCUUGUAUCUUCCAAGAUGCAACCAAAAUUAGUGAAACAGACUGUGAUUGCAACUGCUGCGUCAACUGCACGUUUAAAUGGUGUUCAAAGAGAUGUACAAAUGGAGGUAUGCACUCAGGAUGAUGAUUCAAAAAGUACUGGUGAUGUUACAUAUACUCAAAUUACUCAGAUGAACUGCUUACAGAACCAUGUAUCUAAUGAUUCUGUUGCAGAUAGUAAAGAUUCAGUUUCUAAUGAUGGAGACUGCUUGCAGUCUGCAAAAGAUUCAGAUGUAAAUAGUGAUUUUGACAAAAACUUCUUAUUUUCACAAAUUCAAGAAAAUGCUGUAACAUACAGGUUGGCUGGACCAAAUGAGCUGCCACCUACGUCUGGUAAUCUCUUGAUUGUAAGAUCAAAGCCAUCGACAGAUGGACUUUCUCCUCCAAAGGAACAAAAUGGGUCUAGUGUUACAUUUGUAAAUAGCAACAGUGCCGUCACUGGUCUGUCAUUAGUAGCACAACCUCUGAUUCAGCCAAAGAUUCUUUCUUCAUCUGCAAGUAUUUUAAAGUCUGUUUUAGGUGAAUUAGAUACUCAGACUGAUGAUCUUGCUAAACAGCAACAGUUACAUAAAGAUAAAAUAUGCAAAAGAGCACCACUUUUAAAUGGUUUGUUAGAUAAAGGGAAAGUUUCAUUACCUGAACUACAAUCAACUCAGUUAGUGCAGAAUGGAAGUAAAACUACUAGUGUUGGGUUUGAACCUAAUAGUGAUGAAAGUAAAUCUUCCACGUCUUUUGUGCAAUCAACGUUAAACUCGGGUGUCAUACCUGUAUCAUCUUUGAACUCUGUUGUGCCGACAUCAUCAUUAAAUUCUAUUGUCAUACCUGCAUCAUCACUGAACUCUGUCAUCAUACCAGCUUCAUCUUUAACAUCUGCCAUUGUACCAUCAUCAUCAACAUCAUCUUUAAACUCUACUGUAACAUAUGUGUCCACUUUAAACUCAUCAGUAACGCCGGUAUCUGUUUUGAACUCUGCUAUUUUACCUGCAACUGCAUUUCAUUCAAAUGGGGACAAUUUAAUGCAGAUUUGUACAGGCCAAACAACACUAUCUGGAACCAUAGAAGUACAACCAGAUCAAAAAGGUGUUGUGAGACUGCAUAUAGAAAGUCCUGAAAAUUCUAACCAAGGGUCUGAUUUAUCUUCAAUAUCAGAUAUAACUCGAACUUUAGAAUGUGCAUCAAAGGCAAUAUCAAGAACAAAUGCUGAAUGCAACACACAAGUGCCUUUUUGUGGCGCUUGUGAAACUACAGCAACUGUUACAGUAAUUACUACAAAUACAUCAACUUUAGCAAGGACAGGACAGCAAAUAAUUGUUGUAACACCUGCAUUAAAUCAACCACAAUUACAUAUACAGUCACCUAACAUUAAGUUUCGCAUUUUGCAUAGUAUACCAAAAGUAGAAGAAUCCGUUGAUUUAAUAGGCUUCCCACGAGUACAUUUAAAUCAACUAAACCAGUUACGGCAACCUUCUCCUGAAACUCCCUCCAUUACUACUGCCAGUUUGAAAAGGCCGUCCAGUGAAUCCAUGUGCAUUGCUAAUGAUGUGAAAAAACCUCGUAUUGACACAAAAACUCCUUUGUUAGAAGCUACUCUUCGUUUACCCACCCCAGUGCCAUGUUCUGUUUCAGCUUCAGAUGUCAAUGCCAAACCAUUCCAUGAACCUCAGUCCUUUUUAAUAAAAUCAUCUCAAAUUGAAAAUCUUGGAUCUACACCAAAAUUAACCACUGCUAAAGCAGUGGCUGUGCCUGUCCAAAAUGUAGACUUUCCUAAUGAAAGAGAAGUUAAAACAUUUUCAGGUUUAUCGUCUGCUAGUGAUAAUCCUUCCCUUACAGCACCCUCUCAAGUACCACCAAGGUCUAUUUCUUCUGCAAAGCUAGAGUAUUUUUGUGAAUGGAAAGAUUGUGGCCUAAAAUUCUCUAAUCCUGGUUCAGUAUUUCUUCAUGCAAGUAAAGUUCAUGCACCACUAUGCAAUGAUGACAUGAUCUGUCAAUGGGAAGGCUGUGAUUCUAUGAAAAGAAGGCGGUUUUCAUUACUUACUCAUUUACAGGACUGGCAUUGUAAUGAAAGAGUUCUGCAUACACAAGCUUUGCGGAGGAAGCAGUUAUCCCAGCAGGGCAAAACGUCCAUAGCAGCACCUCAAAUGCCUCCCCCACAUCCUGGUUAUGCUCCUGAUGCUGCUUUGUUAGCAAUAAGGAGGCAUGCCCUUCAGUAUAUCAAUCCCAAGGAACUUUCAGAAGAAAAAGAGAGUGCGCUUACAAAAAGCAUUCGUCUAACAAGUGCCCUCAUCCUCAGAAACUUGGUAACUCACAGUUCUUUAGCAAGAACUUACGUCAGGAGAUUUGAGCCAGAAUUAGCAUAUUUAGCUAUGUCUCCUGUUGAGUCUGCUAGAACAAUAGCACAGUGCCUCUCCCAAUUAUCUAGGCCUCAUGAUUGAAAGCCUAGUAACAGCACUUUUCCUCCUUGUGCCAUGCAGUCUUUCUUCUAUUUGGUAAAAGGAAGAUCUUAGAGUUCAUUGCUACUUGAUGUAGAUAGUCUCUUCUACAACACGUUUAUGCAACAAAUUUGGCAUAUCAUACAGAUGCUAUGAUGACUGGAACUGCCAAGAAGAGGCAUAGUUUGCAAAUGAUCCUCUCACAGAGUAUAUAAAAUUGUAUCAUUGUAUUUAAAACACUUCAUGUUGUAUACAAGACUUUUCCUAUAUUUUGAGUUGAAAUGCCUGUGGGCUUUAAAGUGAAUUUUAUAUAGACUAACUGAAAGAUUCUUAUUGUUGAUUAUAUGAGAGGUGUACCAAAUCAAAUUUGCUUGGUGAGAACAAUGUUUUUAAACAUUUAAAAUGUAUUCAGGACCAAAAAUCUAGGCAAAUCACAACAUAGUUGUUGAUUGUAAAAGACAUGUUUUAAGAACUAUUUAAUUUGUACUGAUCUUGCACUUAAAAAGGUCAGGUGUAUUUAAAUGAUUUUAGGUGCUUUUCUUGUACCAUGUACAUUGUAAGUGAGCAAAUUGCCAUCAGUUAUAGAGUGAAAAUUUCACCUUGUGAAUAUCAUCUAGUAACAGAAAAGUCAUCUUGCUUAAGCCAUUAUUCAAGGAAUAUCCAAAUUCUGGCAUUCCAUAAUGUUCGUACUUCAUGUUUCAGUAUUUAAUUUUUAUUUUUUUAGAUACUUAUGCUCUACCUGACUUAUAUUUAUUGAUAUGUUUGAAAGAUCUAUUAUUGCUUCAUACUAAUUUUCUUCAACAUAGCAACUUCCAUUUUUGUGUUUUGUUCAUUGUCAGAUCAUUUUUGAUAAUGCGUCCUGAAAAUUCAAACCUGGCUUUUUCAGUGGGCUUUCACAGCAAAUCAUUGUAUCUAUUUAAAAACACUUGUUCAUAAGAACUAUGCAUUUUAUGAUUGUCAUUUUUUAUGGAGCUGAAAGAAAUGCAGCUUGUCUGUUUUAAUGUGUAAUGUUCAACAAUAAAUGAUAUCCUAUGCAAGAUUACAUUUAUGCAUUGAUUUCCCACAUGUUUCUACACCAUUUUGUCUUUCGGAAUUCAAAAUUAAUUUUAAUUGUGUUGAUAAUAAGUUUUUUAUGUAUGCAGUUGGGUUAUAUGUAAUUAUGAGAAUUUUAUUUCCUGCAGAUAACUAUUGCUGGAAAUUAUGAAUUUGGAAAUAUAUGUAACAAUUCUUAUGUGUACUUUUUUUUCCUUUUAAGAUUUGCAUGCUGUUAAAAAUGUCUUUUAAGAUAUCUAACCUCAAUAGCAUAUAUAUAAUUACUGAAUGAAAAACAAAUUGAGAACAAUGUGUAAAUGACGUAAAUAACUGUGCAUAGUUUAUUUAUUAGGCAAAACAUAAGAAUGGUGUGUAAGGCAGGGUAUUGCUAUCUUGUUAGUCCCGUCCCUAGGUGAUACUAACGCUUACUUAUUAUUUAUUACCAUACCAAAGAAAAAUAACAGAGCAAUUUUUAUGUUCACAUUUAAUUCUUAUUUCUUAAGUUGUGAAAACUGAAAAUGUCUACUUUUUAAAUUGAAGUUUUUUUUUUUUUUUUUUUUUUUUUUUUUUUUUUUUUUUUUUUUUCAAAACACUGAAAUCUGUAGACUUCAGGAGUAAGUUAACAUGUAUUUAAAAAUAUUUCUGAAACAGCAAGAAAAUAUAUGAUUAAAGUUUCUUAUUGUUUCCUAUUUUUAGACAUAUUUACUCAUUUGAAGGUUUUAAUUCAUAUGAAAAGUAAUGAAACUUUUCUCUGAGUCUAAAAUGCUUACUUUUUAAUUUACAAUAAAAAUAUUUCACAACUGAUGCGAUUUUAGCACCAUCAAAAAUGUUCUUUAUUUUAGAAUUCAUUUUGUCAUUAAAAGAAAUUGCUAUUUGAUCCCAUUACAUUUUCCAAAUUAUUAUUUGGUCUGAGUCUGCAAUUCUGGGUCUCCAAUUGUGGAACUAUUAUCUAUAAAUUAUUUAUCUUUGAGCUACUACCAAUACUGAAAAGUUUCUGGGUAAAUAUAUAUGCUCACAGACGAGGUUUGAAAUGAAGUCUUUGAGCUGGCCAAGUUUUAUUCAUAUGUGCAUAACUGUCAAGAUAUCAAAGUAGUGCAUUGUGAUUUAGUACUAAAUAUUAUUAAAAUACUCCAUGUGCUUAUUUAUUAUUGUAAUUGUAGGAAAUGUGCAUUUUAAGAAAUGUCUUGUUUGAUAUUUAUGCUUUAAAAAAGAAUAUAUUCUUCUGAGGCA